AUGUCUUCCGAGCUGCUCACGCAGGCCAAAGCCUGGCUCGAAAAGGACCCUGAUCCGACGACAAAGGAUCAGCUCGCCAAGCUCAUCGAUUCCAACAACAUCAAAGAGCUCCAGUCGAGCUUUCGUGGUCGACUCGAGUUCGGCACUGCUGGUCUGCGCGGUGUCAUGGGCGUCGGGCCCAGCAAAAUGAACCUCCUCACCGUUCUCGAGACGACGGCGGGACUGGCCGAACACCUGCUCAAGAGCGACAAGGACAAAGCCACCACCAAGGGCGUCGCUAUCGCCUUUGACGGUCGUUUCGGCAGCAGGGAGUUUGCCUACUCGUCUGCGCAGCACUUUGCCUACCGCGGCAUCCCGUCGCACAUCUACCCGACGCCCACCCCGACACCCAUGUGCGGCUACGCAGUCAAGAAGCUCGGCCUGGCAGGCGGCAUCGUCGUCACCGCGAGCCACAAUCCCAAAGAGUACAACGGUUACAAGGUGUACGGUCCUGCUGGUACGCAGAUCAACACCCCCGUCGACGGCCAGAUCGCCGAUGAAAUCCUCAAAGUGGCGCAAGAGACCCAGCCACCGACGCUGGCGGAUCUCGAGCAAUGCAAGCGCAAUGGCACGAUCAAGGAGUUCGACGACGAGAUGCUCACCAGCUACAUCAAGGAUGUUCAGGCUCUUCAUACUUUUACUGCAACCCCUGUACAUGGGAAGGACGCGCCGAUCAGCAUCGCCUACAGUCCGCUUCACGGCGUGGGUGCGCACUCGAUCGAUCGAUUGUCCAAGGAGGUCAUCGGUCUUACCGAAGGAGUCAACUUUUGGAUCUCGCCAGAGCAGAGGGUGCCAGAUGGGGCGUUUCCCACGCUCGAGUUUCCUAAUCCUGAAGAGCUGUCGACGCUGGAGCGGGUGCACGCGCUCUCGGAGCAACACCACACGGGCCUAGCCAUUGUCAACGACCCAGAUGCGGACCGUCUCGCCGUGUCCGCUCGCGACCAAACCGGCAAACUUCGGGCCCUCACAGGCGACCAACUCGGCGCUCUGCUCGGGGACGAGAUCCUUCGACGCGCCUCCAAGUCCAACGCUGGCAAAGCGGGAGUGUGGACGUUGAGCACCAUCGUUUCCUCCCGACUGCUGGCGCGUCUCUCCGGCCAUUGGGGCGGAACGCACGUCGAAACGCUCACCGGCUUCAAAUGGCUCGGCAACGUAGCUCGGUCGAUCGAAUCCCGAAAAGGCACCGGCUCGUUCGGAUUUGGAUACGAAGAGGCGCUGGGAUACAUGGCGGCCAGUUCGGUGUGGGACAAAGACGGUCUCUCAUCCUAUCUGCUUGUCGUCUCGAUGGCCUUUGAUUUGGCGAGGGAGGGAAAGACCUUGUGGGAUCGAUUGGAGGAACUGCAUCGGUUGGUGGGGGUGAGUGUUACGAUGCAAAAGAUCAUUCAGCUGAGUCCCGACAUGAGGGGCACGGACGUGAUGACUAGGCUCCGCGCGGAUCUCGACUCCGGCAAGGACAAGGUCGUUUCCAAGGAGGGUAAAUCGUACCCCUUCAGUCUGGUGGAUGAUCUGUCGACGAGACCGAAGUACGACGAGGCCAAGGCGGAAGCGGGAGAUCUAUCGAUUCCGCGCAACGACGUGCUCCGCUUCUACGUCGCACCUAGCCACAUCGACACGACUUCUGCGGGCAAGCGCGAUGAGCAGGAGAUCAUGCUAGGCGAUAUACGAAUUAUCGUUCGUCCUUCGGGGACAGAGCCUAAAGUCAAGAUCUACACCGAGGCGCUGGGCCAGAUCAGGGAGGGAGAGAGGUACGAUGAUGCGGUGAAGCGGGUGACCAGGGAGCUGGAAGAGGUGGUCGAGGCGUUUUGGGGUUGGAUGAGCUAG